GGAAAGCAAGUAAGGAAUCAUACGCGCCAUCUCUUUCUUUUCUUUCUCUUUUCUUUGAAAGACCGUCGAAAGUGCGGUUUCUCGGAUAUUCAACAAGUUGUAAUUUUUAUUACUUGAAAUUUGAAUAACGAUAAUUUAUUUUUCAGAAAAAUAACACUGACUGAGUUUAAACGAAAAUGGCAGCACUAGCUCACGAGAAAGUUUGGCUCGACAGAACAAUCUACAAUGAUGCAGAAAAAAAUUAUUACGAAUCUAAAUCCAAGGUACAAGUUCCUCUAGCACAAUCCCAAUCUUCUUUGGCCAAUGAAGUGGCCAAGGCAAGACAGCACAUCAAAAAUUCACUUGAAUGUAUGGAUAGUGUUGCUACUUUAGCUGGAGUGCCAAAUACAGAGCUUGUCAACAAACUCCAUCACCUGGAACAGGAAAAUACUGACAUGAAGAAGGUUAUUGAUGAUCUACGCAACCUUGUGAUCAGUCUUCAAGCACGAGUAGAAUCUUUAGAAUCAAACAACAAAUCUAAUACUGCGGCUCCAAAAACUACAGCACCUGCACCAACAAAAACUGAAGACUCCGAUGAUGGAGUAGACUUGUUUGGAUCAGAUGAUGAAGAAGAAAAUGAAGCAGCAUUGAAAUUGAGAGAAGAACGACUAGCUGCAUAUAAUGCAAAAAAAUCUAAAAAACCAGUUCUUAUUGCCAAAUCAAAUAUAAUCCUGGAUGUUAAACCUUGGGAUGAUGAAACUGAUAUGGUUGCAAUGGAAAAAGAAGUGAGACAAAUAAGUACAGAUGGUCUUCUUUGGGGUGCUGCCAAAUUAGUCCCACUGGCUUAUGGAAUUCAUAAGCUUCAGAUUUCGUGUGUUGUAGAAGAUGAAAAAGUAUCUGUAGACUGGCUGACGGAAGAACUUGAAAAAUUAGAAGACUUUGUACAGAGUGUUGAUAUUGCUGCUUUUAAUAAAGUUUAACAAAAAGCAAUAAAAUUCAUUGAUACUAGAAUAGUUUUAUUUUAUUUAAAUUAUAGUAAUUUUUAAAAACUUGAGGAACCCAGCAAAAAUAUAUAUAAACUUUUCCUAAAUGGCUCACUUGUGAGUUUAGAAUCUAUAUGGACUCUGCCGGAAAUCUAGCGUACAGCGGGAUAGCAGCGGCGCCAGAAUUAGUAAAUCAAUUCAAAAUAAAGGUCGGUAACGAAUGCCUUAAUACGACUUUUGACGCUCCGGGCCAUUGCCCUCUUUGUCCAAGGGUAAAUACGUACCCUGCGCGACACUAUAGCCACGUAGUCUUGGGUCAGCGAGAUAUUUUUAGUAGAUCUGAAACUACAUCCACCUUCACCGAGCUGAUAAUGGAAUGAAACAUAUUUUCUCAUGAAUUUAGUAUAAUAAAAAAUAUAUUAAAAAUGGGUUGCCUAAAAAAAUCCUGGACAGACUAUAUUUUUAAAAAAUAUAUUUUUUAUUUUUUUAAAUAAAUUUUGCACCAUCAAGAUAAAAAGAAUGUUGUCCUGAUUUAUUUAUUUAAAGUAUAAAAUAUAUGGAAUAAAGAUCAUCUCUGACAGUGCAUACGUGCUUCAAGCCCCACAUAGUAAUGGAGUGCCACAAUGCACUUCAAUCCAUUGCAGCAGACGAACUGGCUAAGAGGAGCAGACACAAAAGUAUAUAUGGUCCGGAACCUUUUCUGCCCAUACCUCAGGCCCAAAUUAAAACGUGGCUGCGUGAUAGAACUCAGAAAUUACACUUGACAGGGUGGAAAACAGGUGAAGGAUGCCGGCAAACGAAAAACGCAGUUCCAGAGGCAAAUAAGAGACUUGCCCGCACCCUUACCAGACUUUAUAGGGACAAACUCCGCAUAAUAGGAACGCUAACUGGUCAUUGUCCCCUAAACAAACACCUAUAUACAAUAGGAGUAUCAGACAGCCCCCUAUGAAGAGGAUGUAUGGAGGCAGAAAAAACGCCACAGCAUGACAUCAUGGAAUGCAGGAGUGUGGCCGACCAACGGGCACGACUUCUCCAGUCUUUCAGUUCUUCAUCGCUUCCGGAAGCUAACAGCAGUCUGCCAAGGCUGCUUUCCUUCUGGAGUAACAUAGGCUGGCUGGAGUAAACGGGAAUGUUUCGAGACACGCAAAAUGAUCCAAUGAUUAGGUCUAAGUGCGGAAACCGCCCUGAAAAACUUAACUUAAACGUAUAGAAUGUGUAGCCAUUGGGUAAUGUAACUGGCAUCGACAUAGCUGUUUAUUUAUUUAUUUCACAUUGCUCAUGUACAUUAUUUAUUAUAAGGUCUUACAUAGUUAAUAGUGAGUGGUACAUGGCCCCAUUGGGGUGUUGCAACAAACUUGAGCUUAACAUUGUAUACUUUAAUUUCACAAAAAUGUUGUAGGUUAAUUCAUAUUAAAUCAAACCAGGUCCAAUCUAAUUUAAAAAUUAAUCAAUUCAAUUUAUAUCAUAUUAUCAUAGUCAUAUCAUAUCAUAAGAAGUUAAAUUAAAUCAAAUCAAAUUAACAGGUCAAACAUAUAACGUUUAUACCUGGCAACCAGCGUUGCCAGACGUCCCGAUUUUUAAAUCAGAGUGUAAAUGUCCCAUGCGGGACAGGCUCGAUCCCGCUUUACGGGAAUAAAACUUCUGAUUUUGAUUUCUGUUUUUUUUUUGUAUUCAGUAGACGAAUAAGACUCAACUCU